AUGAGUGUUGCUCCCUCCUCCAGCCACAUCCUCCGCUGGCUCAGGCAGACCUCCGCUCCGCCACACUCGAAGCUGCAACUCCGCCCAACUUGCAGCUCCGCCAGCCGCAACCCCGAGGCUCCGCCCAACCUGCAGCUCCAGGGCUCCGCCCAGCUUCGCCGCUGGGAGUUCUUCCGCCGAACUGUAGCUCCGUCCAACUUCGACCGGGCUCGUAGUCUCCGUCAGGCUCGGCUCCGCCAGACUUCAGCUCCGCUGAACUUCAGCUUCGGCCGGACACCGGCGCUCUCCUCCGCCACCCCUCCCUUUUUCAACUUUUCCCGCCAGUUCCUAUCAUCUCCGCUGAACUCGAGCUCGGAGCCUCAGCUCUACUUUGCAGCUCCGCCGGACCCAACUGCUGCUCCCUCCGCCAGCCAGUACUACCGCCGCACAACCUCGGACGGAAAAUCUCCCGCCACACUGUGCACCGCUAGCCUUCUCCGCCGAGCACCAUGCUUCGCUCCGCUGGACUGUUCACCGCCGGCAUCUUCCGCCAGGCUCUACCAGGUUGCAAGACCGAGCAAAGAUCCGCUCCGCCAACCAGCUGCCACCGCUAGCUAUCCUCCGCCGAACUCCGAGCCUCCGCCGAGCUCAAGGUCACGGCCACCUCAGCUGAGCUCUAGUCCUCCGCUAGUAGGACAAGCCUCCGCUGAGCACCGAGAUAGUCAUCCACUCCGCUGGACAAAGGCUCCACUCAGCCAUCCAAGAGCUCCGCUAGCCACUCUCCCUGGGCACCAUCCGCCAACAGUGCCAGGAGCUACCGCCAGCGGCCUCUUGAGAUCACCAACCUCUAAUCUCCUUCACUAGCGUUGUGCCCAGCAGCUUCUGCUUCGCUCACUCAGCGGCAGGUCUGUCGAACAGCAGUCCGGCAUUCUCAAAGGAAAAGCUAAGUCAAAUAUUUUCUGCUUGUCUAUCAUUGGGUCCAUCAUAUGUUUACACAUAUACCUAUUGCAUAGACACAGCCAUGAUUCACACUUAGUUGCGCUGUUGAUCAAAUACUUUGGAUACACGUGUGUACUCAUGCAUACACCUUCAUACUCU